UUUUACCAUUCUCUCCUUUCGCACUCUUUUCUAAUUUAUUCUCUUCCAUCUGUAAUUUGAUUCCCGUGGAAUUCGUUUGAUCAUGUGCUUUCACGUUGGCGUUACCGUAUGCAGAAUCGAAAAGGGUUUAUCUGCAUUUUGGGUUUUUUCCAUUAGUGUUUGUCGUUUCUGAGAUGUCUUAUGCUGAAAUAUCGGUUCUUUUGUUUGGUUUCUGAGGUUGAUGAGAUGUUGGCAUUUAGCUCCUUGCUGAGCUUUGUAUGGGAUGAAGAAUAUUGAGCAUUUGAAUUUCUGUUUGAUCCCUUUUAAAUGGGUUUUUGUUUUUAAUCAUUAAUGUGAAUGGCUCAGAGUUCAUUGAUCCACUUGUGACAAUGAUGGCCAUGAAUGGAGGUAAUCUUAAGCUGGUCUAGUUUCAUACAAGUGUAUGUGCAUUAGAAAAAUGCAGAAUCAUAUGGAUUUCUAUGGUCGGAAUUCAUGCGGCCGACCCCAAUUAAACUUGGGAUAAGGCGAUGUUGAAGCUUUCUGGUUAUAUUUGUUUCGUGUGUUCUAGCUUUCAAAGUUUUUCCUUCUUGAGAUCUACUAUAUGAAUGGAGGUAUGGUAAGCCUGCCGACGAGGAAAAAAAAAGGGGUGCUUUAUAAUCCUCGUUUCAGUCUAAUUUGUUGUUCUAACUAUGAACAGGGUUUGAUCCAGAAUUUCAUCUCCCUGCUCUGUAUGAUGGAUGCAUCAAAUGAGAUGAUCCUGCAGAAAUCAAAGAGGCUGACAUCUGUUGUCUGGAAUUACUUUGAGAGGGUAAGGAAGGCCGAUGUUUGUUACGCUGUCUGCAUUCAGUGUAAUAAGAAACUCAGUGGAUCAAGUAACAGCGGAACAACUCAUCUGAGGAAUCAUCUAAUGCGAUGUCUGAAAAGGACUAAUCACGAUGUCUCUCAGCUGCUGACGCCAAAAAGAAGGAAAAAGGACAACACAGUGACAAUUGCAAAUGUGAAUUUUGACGAGGGUCAAACAAAAGACGAUUAUCUCAAACCUAUAGCUGUUAAGCUUGACCAGGAUCAACGGAGGGACGAGGUUCUAAGCCGUGGAAGUGGCAGGUUCAGCCAAGAAAGGAGUCAGACCGAUCUUGCACGUAUGAUCAUACUGCAUGGUUACCCGCUAGGCAUGGUUGAUCAUGUAGGGUUCAAGGUGUUUGCCACAAAUCUCCAGCCAUUGUUCGAAGCCGUGCCAAAUAGCUCCAUAGAGGUUUCCUGCAUAGAAAUUUACAUCAGAGAGAAGCAAAGGAUACAACACAUAGUGAACAGUAUAUACGGUAAGAUCAACCUGACGGUCGAGAAUUGGUCUUCUCAGGAUAACGCUAACCAUGUGUGUUUGGCCGCUCAUUAUAUCGAUGAGGAAUGGAAGCUGCAUAAGAAAGUUCUCAACUUUAUCACCCUGGAUCCAUCCCACACCGAAGACAUGCUCUCUGAAGUAAUUAUCAACUGCUUGAUGGAAUGGGAUCUCGAAGGCAAGCUUUUCGCCAUCACCUUUGACAGUUGUUCCGUAAACGAUGAUAUUUUCCAGCGAAUCAAAGGCCACAUGUCCCAGAGUGGAUCGCGCAUAAUCAACGGACAGUUAUUCGACGUGAGAUCGGCUGCUCAUCUUCUGAACUCCAUUGUCCAAGAUGUCUUGGAAGCUACACGAGAUGUGAUCCGAAAGAUCCGAGGAUGUGUAAGAUAUGUCAAGAGCUCACAAGCAACUCAAGGAAAGUUCCACGAAAUCGCACAACUUGCCGGAAUCAACUCGGAGAAGGUCUUGGUUCUCGAUUCUACUGUUAGGUGGAGCUCAACUUACUUGAUGCUUGAAACAGUUUUGGAUUACAAGGGUGCAUUCUGUCACUUGCGAGACCACGACCAUGAGUUUGAUUCAGCUUUAACCGAUGAAGAAUGGGAGUGGACAAGAUCUGUUACGGGGUAUCUCAAGCUUUUUCUCGACGUCAUCACCGUCCUAUCAGGAAAUAAAUGCCCGACAGCGAACAUUUACUUUGCCGAGAUGUGUGAGAUCCACAUCCAGUUGAUCGAGUGGUGCAAGGACCAGGAUCACUUUCUCAGCUCUCUUGCGGAGAAGAUGAAGGCUAAAUUCGACGAGUAUUGGAGCAAAUGCAGCUUGGUUUUAGCAAUGGCGGCAAUCUUGGAUCCUCGGUUCAAGAUGAAGUUGGUCGAGUAUUACUACUCUAAAAUAUACGGCACUACAGCUCUGGAACGUAUCAAGGAAGUGUCUAACGGUUUCAAAGAGCUUUUUGAUGCGUAUUCUAUCUGCUCAACUAUAGUCGAUGAAGAUUCUUCUUCAUCCUUUUCCGGCUCUGGCUUGGGUAGAAUCAGCAGCGAAACCAGAGACAGAUUGAAAGGAUUCGACAAAUACCUGCACGAAACUUCACAAAGCCAAGCUGGAGCGUCCGAUUUGGACAAGUAUCUGUCUGAACCGAUAUUUCCCAGGAGUGGCGAGUUCAACAUACUGAACUAUUGGAAAGUCCACACCCCGAGAUACCCUAUUCUCUCGAUGAUGGCCCGCGAAAUUCUCAGCACACGAAUGUCGAUACUUACACCCGAAUCAGAGUUCAGUUCGAGCCGACCGAUGCUUGAUAACGGCCAGAGUUCGCUGAGCCCCGAUGUCAGACAAGCCUUGUUCUGCGCGCGUGACUGGUUAAGACCGGAAACCGAAGACACCGUGGUGCCGUUGAGACAAUAUGCUCUUCCAACGUGUUGAAGCCAAAUCCGAGUCCACAGUCCAAGUCAGCCGAGAGAUGAGGGAGAGUACAUACACACAUUUUGUGAUUGCAUUUAGAAAGAACAAUAACCGAUAGAUGGGGGAUGGGGACACGUGGUUCUUGUAACUCAAAACCCUAACGUCUUUAUCACAUCGAAUUAUUAGUUUAUUGGAUAUGUCUUGUCUCCA